AGAGGACUCAUUUAGCAAAUAAUAAUAAAUCAAACUGUUGCUAUUAAACCACAUGUUACUAUUUAGUCACUCCAUUUUCUUCUCGUCUCUCACUCGGCGAUAUCGCCUUUCUCCGUCGCUCGUCGUCUUUUUCAAAACUCCAAUUUUGCCCUCCAUGGAUGAUAAUGUGAAGAAUAUGGCGAAUGACGUUGAAGUGAAAGGACUCAACCCAGGAUUAAUCGUCUUAAUUGUCAUUGGUGGGCUCGUGUUGACAUUCCUCAUAGGGAACUACUUGCUUUACAUGUAUGCACAGAAAACCCUUCCUCCAAAGAAAAAGAAGCCCGUCUCCAAGAAGAAGAUGAAGAAGGAACGACUGAAGCAAGGUGUUUCCGCACCUGGAGAAUAGAUAACCCGGGGUUUAUUCCCCUUGUUCAGCUUGAGAAAACUGUGUUAAUUCACAUUCAGCGGCGUUGUCAAACACAUGGUUGGACUUGUUACCGUUGUUAGUUUCCCGCCAUAAUAGUUAGUUCUCAACCUUAGAACUUGUUAAUGUUUAGCAGUUCCCCGUCAUCAUAGUUAGAACUCGAAUUUAGAGUAUGCUGCUAUGUUUAUGUUGUUUUGCAAGCUACUUAUUUAUUUCUCUAUUUCUCUUCCAGUAGAACUAUUGUUCCUCUUUGUUUUCCUAUAGUCGAUGUACCUGAAUAGUGGCCUAGCGGUCAAUGAAGUGACACUUGUGGAGCGGGAGUAACAUUUACGUA